AUGUGCAGACCAACAACCGGGGCGCCGCCUGAGGGCAGGGCUGGUGGCUGCGCCUGCUCAGUGCCAGGCACCCUGCUCCUGCUGCUCAUCUACCUGGCUUACCUGGCGAUGGGCACUGGGGUGUUCUGGAUUCUAGAGGGCCACCUGGCCUGGGACUCCAAUCGCAAGUUCGAGCACGAUAAGUGGGCGCUGCUGCAGAACUACACGUGUCUGGAUGGCCCGGCGCUGGACUCAAUGAUCCGGGGCAUCAUCCAAGCAUACAAAAGUGGAUCCAUUGUCCUUGGAAACACCACCGGCAUGGAGCGCUGGGAGCUCGUCGGUUCCUUCUUCUUCUCUGUGUCCACUAUCACCACCAUCGGUUUCGGCAACCUGAGCCCCCACACUCUGGGCGCCCGCCUCUUCUGCAUCUUCUUCGCUCUGGUGGGGAUACCGCUCAACCUUGUGGUGCUCAACCGGCUGGGCCACCUCAUGCUGCGAGGCAUGCACCACUGUGCCCACCGGCUGGGGCGCACUUUGCAGGACCCGGCCAAGGCACGCUGGCUGGCCGGCUGUGGCACCCUGCUGGCUGGCCUCCAGCUCUUCCUGCUGCUGCCCCCACUGCUCUUCUCCUACAUGGAGGGCUGGAACUAUAUGGAGGGCUUCUACUUCGCCUUCAUCACCCUCAGCACUGUGGGCUUCGGCGACUACAUGAUUGGCAUGGACCCCUCCCGGAAGUACCCGGUGUGGUACAAGAACCUUGUGUCCUGGUGGAUCCUGUUUGGGAUGGCGUGGCUGGCCUUGAUCAUCCAACUGAUGCUCUCCCUAAUAGAGACCCCAGGGGAGGCAUGUUCCUGCUACUGCUACAACUCCAAGGAGAACCUCAAGCGCUCAAGCAGGAGGCAGGGCGCAGACAGGGAACGAGAGCUCCACUGCCCAUCACCAGAUGGCCAUGCAGAGUAG